GGUGGUUGGUUGCUGUUUGAUGCGCGUGCGGACCUGACGUAGUUAGGGCUUGGCUUCCCUGGUCCAGUCCGUCGGCGCUUUGCCCGGGCUGUCCGCGCGGUGCCCGGGUCGGGGGCCGGGGGUGGCCUGAGCAGCCGAGGGUCGCGGGCUCCUGAGAGUCGGAGCUGCAGAUCUCGGGUGUACCGCGCGCUGCAGGUGCCAGAACGCCCGGCAAAGGAGUCCAGACCUGGGGGGAGGGGCCACAGAAUUGCGGCCGACAUCAGCAAUACAAGAUGCUCAGCUUAUAGGUGUGACUGACAUUUGUGACUUCAGCUUUUGAAGCCCCAGUUUUGUCAUCUGUAGAAUGGACGUAAUGGAAGCUACGUCACAGGACCGUUGAGAAGAUUAAAUGAGACAAUGCUUAUGAAGCACUUUGCAAGAGGGAGCCCUGGAGGCAGGGCCUGGAAGGCAGAGCACAACUGCUGUCACCAGAGACAAUGGGCAGCAUGAAGACCCCGGUUGAGCUGGCCAUCAGUGGGAUGCAGACCCUCCAUGUUCAGCAACGCUGCCGGGGCAACCACCGGGUCAAUGUUAGGCCAUCAUACGUGGAUGAGACUUUGUUUGGCAGUCCUGCAGGCACCCGGCCCACACCACCAGAUUUUGACCCACCCUGGAUGAAGAAAGCCAACAGAACCAGAGGAGUGGGUACAGGGGCAUCACAGGCCUCAGGAGCCAACAGGAGCUGUGAGACCAGCUCUUCCAAGGGUAGCACCCCAACCCCCACACCAAGGAAGAAGAACAAGUACAGACUGAUCAGCCACACUCCUUCUUACUGUGAUGAGUCGCUCUUUGGCUCUCGACCCAAGGGCACCAGUUGGGAAGCCCCGUGGAUGGCGAAGGGGGAUGCUGCGAAGCUCCAGGCCCUCUUCUGGACACCCCCGGCUACCCCUAGGGGCAACCACUCGCCCCGCCCCAGGGAGACCCCAGUACGAGCUGUUCACCCAGCUGGUCCCUCCAAGACAGAGCCCAGGGUCGGGCCAGGCUCCCGGAGGUUGUCCAUGGAUGGGUUUGACUCUCCCCACCCUCCAAGGCAAGAACGUUCCCAUUCCCUCACCCGCCUUAAUGUCCCCAGCACGGGUUGCCCACCCACCAGUCCCCUCCACACAAACGGGGCUCGGGAUCCCAGGCCUCUCCCGUCGGGGGUGACCUUCCAGAGCCCCCCGUUGAUUCCCAGGGCUCAUUCAGUCAGUGUUUCAGUGCCAGUUAUCCCCCGACGAGGCGGGGUUACCCAGAAACCAAAGCCCCCUUGGAAAUGAGUUUGUCCUUUUUGCAGGUUAGCCCAUAGGGUCACAACGAGGAGCACAGUUUGAGAGGAUGGUGCUGGGGGGAGAGCCUCUGGGGAGACCGCCAGGCAUCGGCCAAGCACGUGUGCGGGCAAACGUAGCGAGGAUGGGCAGAGCCUCCCUUUCUUCUGACAAUCUCUGGUCAUUCUUUGCUUUUCUUGCUGGUGUGGAUUUGAGGGCCACCCACAUCUCUAGUCCUAUCACAGCCACACUUCAUUUAGUGCCAACCCGGGGAGGGUCCCUCCACCUCCCCCAAUACAGCCACAACAUUCUGUCGUCACCAAGUGAAUAAAUGGUAUGAUUGCCAA